AAAAUCUCGGCAGUGAGCACACAGUGCCUCACAUCACGAAGAAGCACCAAGCUCUGCAAGACAGAACUCCUACAGAACUACAAUGGCUCAGAGCAAAGAACUUGUGUCGACCAAUGAAGAAUGGAACCCAGUGUUCACUGAGGAGCUCCUCCCAUGUUCUCAGAAGGUCUCACUGCUGUACCACCUCUCCUACCUGUGUUUGGGUAAAUUCUCUAACUGUGAGCGGCUGCUCAGGAUGAGAGUGCUGGAAACCCAACUUCUCUUUGUAUCCUCCGAGGCUGUCCUACUGAAGUGUUUGGGCACCAGUCAGAACUUAGUUUCAGCCCUGUUUCCAAUGCUGAAGCUUGCUGUUGAAAAAGAUAAACCAGAGAUAGCUAAGAAUUACCUGGAGAAGGCGAGAACUUGGAUCGAGGAAAAUAUUCAAGAAGUGAACCGGAUAAUAGAAAGAUACGAUCUACUCAACAAAAACUUGGCCCUAAGUACCCUUGACAUCAACGCUGAAAAGACAGAGAUGGAAAAAAAGUCUGCUCAGCUGCUCCAGGAGAAUGAAGAAAUAAAGAAAACGCUAAAGACCCUUGAAGAGAUGCUGGAAGAAACCAAUGAAAAGCUGACAGAAACCGAGAAAACGAUUGGUGACAAAAAUCUCGAGCUGCAAAAUCUUGUCAAACAUUUUGUAAGCUUCAGUAAACAAGGACACAAGCGCUUUGAACAGCUAUCUGCUUCCGUGCCGUUCACUAUUGAGUGCAGCAGUGCUUUGGCAACUUCUCCUGGUGCUGUUGAGAAAAUCAACACUCUCCAAUCUGAAGUGAACCGCCUCGCUUCUGAAAAGGCCACUCUGAGUCAGAAACAAUGGGACAUACAGGUCCAGAUAACGGAUUGGCAAAUGAAGCUGGCCAAACAGAAGAUUGACCAAGAUUCCAUCCCCGAUGAAGUCCACCUUGGAAAAGUUCAGCACAAUCUGUCUCUUAUGCAGCAAAUUUUUAAUAAGCUUGGGAAAUUUUGGGAAAAGGUGCACAAGAACUUGGGCAUAAUCAAAGACAAGACCGUUGAAGAUUUUGUUGACCCUGACCUAAAAGAAGGUUUUUUGAUGAUAAUAGAAAAAGCCUUGGAGAUUUGGGGACGUUUUGGUGGCUCCUUUGGUAAAGGUGCUCAGAUAUUCAGAGCGCAGUCCAGGGAUGCCUACCACUACCUGGAGAUCGACCCAUCCUCCCUCUCAGAGGAGGAGUGGCAGAAAGAAUACGACAGUGUGAAAAAUCAGCUGAGGGAAAUUAAAGUGUUCAGCGGGGAGUACGACAGCAACCAAAUCACCCAAGCAGAGUGAUGUAUAUACUAAUGCACAUCUCUUUACGAUACUGUUGGUAGAGCUAGUCAGUUAUUGUGAUUAUCAAUAGUAACAGUGUGUUACAGUUACUUGUUGGUUCUUUCCGUAAUCAUAAUUAUUCCUUCUUUAAAGAUAAUCAUGUUUGAUGUAGUGCAAAAGUGCCGUCACUCCCUUUUACUGUUUACGUGUACGCUCCUAGCUUUGUUUUUAGCAUCACUUCAUCAUAGAUGAACAGUAAUACGGUUAUUUAGCCUUAACAAGCCAGUAGUUGGCUGCUCAUUAGUCCAUUAUUAUUAUUAUUAUAUGUAUAUUUUUUUGGAUUUUUCCCCAAUUUUCUCCCCAAUCACUGGACAGCUGAACGUGCUCAGAGGAAAACACUAACCACCAGAUCUGUUACAUCAGCUAACAGACACCUAUGAUGACUAGCAUUGCGCUGAGUGUUGGGGUGAGGGGGGGGCAUCCUACCCACCCAGAGAUCGUGGCCAAUUGUGCUGUCUUGGACUCCUGGCCACGAAUGGCUGUAGCAUCACCAGGGUCCUUUAUAAAGCAAUAACUAGUGUGAAUUUUCCAGGAAACUGCUAUUUGUAUAUUAUACAUCAUAGUGUUUUGCACAGCAUGUAAGGGGACCAUUAUUAUGCCCUACAAAUCCUUAUCAUAGCUGGUAACAAAAUGUACCAA